UGAAACUCUCCUGCAGAACACAUUUCACUGUCGGCAUCGUUGCUCGUGACGUUCGGUGGGAUUGUAAACAACUCCGGAAAAAUGUAUGGAUUCGUAAAUUAUGCCCUUGAAGUGUUGGUCGUGAAAAAUUUUGGAGAAGAAACAUGGGAAAUUAUAAAAAAGAAAGCAGACUUCCAGAUGGAAGGACAUUUUUUAGUCAGACAAAUUUACGAAGACGAACUUACCUAUAAUCUCAUAGGAGCUGCUGUUGAAGUUCUAAAAAUUCCUGCAAACACAAUAUUAGAACUAUUCGGAAAAACAUUUUUUGAAUUUUGUCAAGAUUCCGGAUACGAUAAAAUUCUUCAAGUACUAGGCGCCACACCCAGAGAUUUUUUAACAAAUUUGGAUGCCUUGCACGAUCAUCUGGGCACUCUAUAUCCUGGUAUGAAAGCUCCGUCGUUCAGGUGCACCGAAAGACCAGAAGAUGGAGCACUGAUCCUUCAUUAUUACUCUGAUAGAGCUGGGCUUGAGCACAUUGUAAUUGGAAUUGUGAAAACAGUUGCUAGCCGGCUUCAUAAUACAGAAGUCGAAGUGGAAGUAAUACAAACUAAAGAUGAAAGUGAUCACGUGCAAUUUCUUAUUACAGAGAAGUUUGGAGCAAAAAAGUCCCAAUUGCGGGAAAUGGACGAGAUUGAAACUCUGUCAUUAGAACCAAAAGUUAGCCCAGCAACAUUCUGUAGAAUCUUUCCUUUCCACAUAAUGUUUGACGCUGAGAUGAAGAUCGUCCAGACGGGAUUCUCGGUAGCAAGAAUCAUUCCAAAAGUGAACUCAACUGGAUGUAAAAUAACGGAUAUAUUGGAUCCAGUGAGACCUCACUUGGACUUAACAUUUGAAAACAUCUUGUCCCACAUUAACACGAUAUACGUUCUUAAAACAAGAACGGGAGUUAUGCAGGUGAAUGCAUCUCCUGAGUACCGAAGUUUGAGACUCAAGGGUCAAAUGUUGUACGUUCCUGAGACCGAUCUAAUAGUGUUUCUGUGUUAUCCCAGUGUGGUGAGUUUGGACGAUUUAACAAGAAGAGGACUUUACAUCAGUGACAUUCCCCUUCAUGACGCAACUAGAGAUUUAGUACUAAUGUCUGAACAGUUCGAAGCUGAUUACAAACUAACACGAAAUUUGGAAUUUCUCACUGAUAAACUUCAACAAACCUACAGGGAACUCGAUACUGAAAAAAUUAAAACUGAUAGAUUGUUAUAUUCGGUGUUACCAAUAACAGUAGCCAACGAAUUGCGACAUAAAAGACCAGUACCUGCAAGAAGAUACGAAUGUGCCACAAUUUUGUUCUCAGGAAUUGUUGCAUUCUCCGAGUAUUGCGCUAGGAACUCAGACUCGAAAGGUGCUAUGAAAAUUGUUAGGCUGUUGAAUGAAUUAUAUACAAAAUUCGAUGAUCUUACUGAUUCAACAGUAAAUCCCAACAUUUAUAAGGUUGAAACUGUGGGUGAUAAAUAUAUGGCUGUCAGUGGGAUUCCAGAACCUUGUAGUACUCACGCAAAAAAUAUCGCUAAAUUGGCAUUAGAUAUGAUGGACAGGAGUCAAACUGUGUUUUUUGAGGAUGAAGCAGUGAGAAUAACAAUAGGGCUUCAUUGUGGAGAAGUAGUAACAGGCGUUAUUGGGCAGAGAAUGCCUCGAUUUUGUUUAUAUGGAAACACAGUCAAUCUAACCAGCCGAACGGAAACUACUGGACAACCUGGGAAGAUAAAUGUAACUCAAGAUGUAUAUGACAUUUUAUGUCAAGAAGAAAAUUUCGACGAGCAAUUCCACUUCGACUACAGAGGCCCAGUGACGAUGAAAGGAAAAUCAGAGCCCAUGGACGUAUACCUUCUCACCAGAACCAACACCUAAACAAAUAUUUAAACGAUAAGAAUAUAGCCAAAGAUGGCUUAACUAUAUGACAGCAUUAGCAUUCUUCCACUGUUGCAAUAUCUUCGUUAUUUGAAACUGGAGAGUGAAAACCGCAGUCCGGAAAAUACACGAGCCAUAACGAUACCACAUUCUAUUGCAUGUUACUUGUUGUGAAUAUUUUAAUUAAUAUUUUAUUUAAAGCAAUAAAAUUGAUGUACCCGU